UUCCUUAUAUAGCAUCAACGUUUACUCCACCCAUUGAGAGAGAGAAACAGAGAUCCCCAUACCCUUUGAUUUCUCCUUUAUAUGCUUGCUCUGGAGGUUCCGUUAUUAGUCAGACACAGAGACACAGAGAGAGAAUAUAGAAGAGGAGGAACUCGUUACCUGGAGAAAUUUCUUCCCUUGUUGGCCACUCAUGGAAGCGUGGAGGGAGGAGCCAAGACCGUCUUACUCCUCGUGCAUCGAUUCCACAUCCUCAGCUCUUCCAUGCUCGUAUCCUCUACAACAGCAGAACCUAGAAAGGAACAACAAAGAUGCAGCAGCAGCAGAUUUGCGAGAAGUAGAAGGUCAUGACAAAGAAGGACAGGAAGGUAUAAGACCGAACCUUCUGCUUACAGGGUUUGAUUCUGGUCAACGGUUCAAUCAAGAACUCAACCUCAUAGACUGCUUAGAGGCGACUGUCACUCAGAGUUACCAAGGAACCGCCACAGAACAAAAGCAUUUCCCAUGCAACUACUGUCAAAGGACGUUCUACAGCUCACAGGCGUUAGGCGGCCACCAAAACGCCCACAAAAGAGAGAGGAUGCUGGCUAAGAGAGGGCAACGGAUUUCAUCAGCUGCAGCUUUCGGGCAUCCGUACGGUUUCACCCCUAUGCCCUUCCACGGACAUUACAGCAACAGAUCCUUGGGAAUUCAGGCACAUUCCAUGAGUCAUAAGCUGAGUUCUUACAAUGGGUUUGGAGGACAGCACGGACAGGUCGACCGGUCAAGACUACCUCUUGAUCAGCAACCUGCAAUAGGAAAGCUCUCUUCAAUGGAGAAUCAUCACAUGAAAGUUGGUAGGUUCAACGUAGGAAGGAUUGUGACAGGUUCCCCGAAUCCCGAACUUUGGUGGGGAGAAGAAAGAGGUCUAUAUAAAGAUAAUCAUCACGAAGAUUACCAGCAGCUUGAUUUGUCCCUCAAGCUCUGACCCUUUUUCUUGGUUUCUCCACUCUGUUUGUGUAUUAUUUCUUCUACUUGUCCUGUGAUUCAUAUUUGCACCGAUAUUCAAAGAGUUAAGCACUAGUUGUGUAUAUUUUGUCCAGUAUACAAAUUUCGAACGCCAUGCUCACUAUUCUACCCAGUCUUGAUUUCUAGAGACUCUGGAUUUCAGGUAAACACCAAAGAAUCACAAAAGCAGUUCAAUUUCCAGGAAAGUAAAAGGGGUUUCUCUAUGGAGUAAACUUUAGGACUACCAUACUAUAUGAAACCUGCGCAUAAAAGCCAAAAUCAAAGAGAUGAUACGAGAUCCAUGGGAAGAUUUGGUGUCAUAAUAGCAAGGAAAAAGUUAAUGAUAUAGUAAUGUCAAAGUGGGUUUACCUAAAAGUUAGAACAAUCAUUCUUUUUUCAAAUCUGGCUAUUGACACUCAAACAGAACAGAACCAAAAUAUGGAAAGCAGUGACUGUUACGGUGAUGAUAACAAGAAGCACGGACUUUAGAAGGAAAACACAAUGAAUGAAGCAUUGGUCCAAAUACAGUUGGCCAAAAAACAUGAAACAUCAGGCAUCCAAUGUUCUCAUUGUUAGACCCCAAAUCAGUAAACAUAGGACAGAAAACACACGCUCUUUGUCCUCUGAGGACAAAUUCUUAUGUGAUGCCAAGUAUCCACAUACAUAGGCACAUAGAUUAUACACAAUGUGUACACGACAUGUGUGUGUGUAUAUAUACACAAUAUGCAUGUGUACCCAUAACAGCGUCCUAGCAUAGAACACAUAUUUUCACUUAGCAUUUGGUAACUUUAUGCCCUUUAUUUCAUGAUCAGCUAAUUUCUAUGACUGACUUCAACAUUCAACGAGGAGAGAUACAUAACAAACAGGAUUUCGGGGGCCUUGCUAACGACUAUGACUUAAGGAGAAACCAGAAGAUAACCAUGGAUUCCAGGGAUUACAACAUAUCAGCAUCGGGACAGAUAUUUCUUGUCAUCAUACCUGAAUCCGUAAAUCUCGGAUAUAUCUGACAUGCUUACUAUUCAAACAGACAAAAUAGUGAUGAAUUCAUUGCCACAAGAAUGAGACAUAAUUUACCUUAUCCAAGUUACCUGAUGAAUCCAAUAGAACUCAGAGAAAACGUGUGUGAAAACAUCAAAAUCUUGACAGGUAUGCCUGCUUGGAUUCACACAAAGUUUGGCCACAACCAAACAAAAUCACACUGUCCGAUUAAUGAAACCAAGAAGAAACAAAAAGGGAGACAGUCACACUCACACAUGCAAAAACCUGUAGCCAAGCCUGCUGCGGAAACGUCAGGCUGUAAAUUAGCUGUAAUCGAUACUUUUCCAUAGAUUUCUCGGAAACCAAACAUGAAUUUGGAAUCAGAAAGAAAUUCAGGGAAACAAAAAUACAUGAACCGAUGAUCCGCAUUCCUUCUCAUAAUCUCCACUGUUCAGGUCUCUCUCCAAAUCUCUCUGGAACCAACAGAACUUAGAAAUCAAACACAUAUAACUUAAUAACAAUGUCGUAAUACCACAGCGAUUAUCUCAUCGUUCUCCGAUUUCCGCAAGCUACAUCGGAAGCUGAGAAAAACCUAUACAACUUCCAUUUUGAUUUUCUCGCGUCAUAUAAUUUUCCUGGGAGCCAAACAAAACUCUGGAAAUCUUCGCCGUACGUCUGACAUACCGAAAGAAGCGCGUACCUGAGGAUAAG